AAACGGUGGUUUUUUGGUUUCUGGAGAAACCAAAAAGUUUUUGAUUUUCUCUCUCUCUCUCUCUCUCUCUCUCUCUCUCUCGGCUUUCCUGCGAUUCUGAAAAAUCUCUCUGCUUCAUCUCUUAAAUCAGAAUCGUAGCAAUGCCCUUCUUCUUUUGAUCCUAUCAUCUCACAUUUUGUUGCAAAAAGGAUUAGUCUUUUACCAUCCUUGUCGCCGCCGAUCUGUCUACGACACCUCGAAUUCGCUUCUUUAUGUUUCAACUCCGACAUAUAACAGACGAGGUGGGAAAAGAAAGAUCUUGUCUCUUUUUUUUUUUCUCAAUCAGGAAGAUUCAGCAUUGUAAUCGAGGAUGGCAAAAGGUUGGUUCUUUCUGGAGAAAGUGAGAAGAUGCUUGCGGACAGUGUUCUUCUUAGUUGCUAUGUUGGCUUCGCUGCUAGCUUCGUCGUUGCCUUUGCUUGUAGCUGUAUGCGAUGUGCUAGUGCCGAGCUUCUUGUUGUCGAGCUUCACUUGCGUGACGUGCUACGGAGCUAAGGAGCAUCUGAGUCGAUACGGUUUCAAGAGAUCCUUGACUGAUAUUCCUCUCGUCUCUGUCGUCAGAUCUUUCCUUGUCAUCUGUAUCUAUUCACUCUCGGACGUUCCUGCUCUCUCGCACGGUCCUUACCUCGGAACUGUCUCUCUGUGCUGCGUGGUUUCAGUUCUACUUCUCUCAGUUAAAGCUUGUCUUUUCACUGUAACUUCUCAACUCAACACCGAAGCAGCCUCCUUCUCUCCAUCUAGGCACCACCGGCUUCACCUGAAGAAGUCCUGGGGAAUGCCAGUUUUGUUCCUCUCGUCCGUGGUGUUUGCACUUGGUCACACGGUUGUAGCUUACGUCACAAGUUGUAGAGCCAGGAGGAAGAUUCUGUAUCACAGAGUUGACCCUGAAGCUGUUCUUUCAUGCAAGAGCAUCUUCUCCGUCCACCAGAAAGUCCCACGGUCCCCCAUUCCUUUGGUUGGAAAGGCGGUCUCCAAGUUUGAUGGAGAAGCAAGGCGAAAGCCUAUGUCUUACGAUGGAGGAGAGCUUCCAGUGAGUUUGCUUGCUGACACUGACAGUUUAUUCAUUAAACUUCGAGGGCUCACUGUGCAUUACAAGCUUUGUGCGCCUGGUUCACCAAAGCAGUCUAUCUCCCCAAAUGUUCUCGAAGCCAAUUCUAGUUACAGCACCACGCCGGAGACAGUGGCUGGAAGGUUGAAGUUUGACAGGAAAGUGUUGAGCAUGGCCGAGAAAAGCCAGCAUCAUCAUCAUCAUCAUUACCACAGGAGCUACAGCAGCGUGUUCAACAAUUCCUCCUUGCACGACCCUCUUCUUGACAGUUCUGCUACUUCUCCUCCUCUUCUUUUCAAAGAAAGAGAGGAAGAAGACAUGAAUGUGUUCAGUUUUGAGGAUGAGGAGAAAGGCGUGGACGAAAGCGGUAAGUUUGGUGUGGUUUUGGUUCAUGGAUUUGGGGGAGGAGUGUUUUCAUGGAGGCAUGUGAUGUCUCCACUGGCUAAUGACCUUGGCUGCGUUGUCACUGCCUUUGAUAGGCCUGGUUGGGGAUUAACAGCCAGGCCACAUAAAAUUGAUUUGGAAGAAAGACGGCUUCUCAAUCCUUACACACUUGAGAAUCAGGUGGAGAUGCUUCUUGCUUUCUGCCAUGAGAUGGGAUUCUCUUCGGUAGCAUUCGUUGGUCAUGAUGAUGGAGGCCUGCUUGCUCUGAAGGCUGCUCAAAGAUUGAUGGCAACAAACGAUCCCAUCAAAGUCGUGGUCAGAGGAGUGGUUUUGCUUAAUGUGAGCUUGUCAAGGGAAGUCGUUCCAGCUUUUGCAAGAAUACUUCUCCACACAUCACUACGGAAGAAGCACCUCGUUCGACCUCUUUUACGCACUGAGAUAGCUCAAGUGGUGAAUCGUCGCGCUUGGUAUGAUCCUGCAAAGAUGACAACAGACGUCCUCAGACUAUACAAGGCCCCGCUAUAUGUAGAAGGCUGGGACGAGGCACUUCAUGAGAUAGGCAGACUCUCAUCUGAAACGGUGCUUGCACCUCAAAUCGCAGCUUUGCUUCUCAAGGCUGUGGAAAACCUGCCAGUAUUAGUCAUUGCUGGAGCCGAAGACGCUCUUGUCCCAUUGAAGUCAUCCCAAGCAAUGGCGUCUAAACUCCUAAACUCUAGACUAGUAGCAGUCUCAGGAUGUGGGCAUCUACCACACGAGGAGUGUCCCAAGGCGCUUCUUGCAGCCAUGUCCCCGUUCAUCACUAGACUUGUACUCAGGCCAGAUCUCCAGAGCCAAUAGCCUAAUCACUUCUAGCUUACAAUCCAUUAGAAAAUUUUGAGGUCAUGUUAUGUGAAUUCAUCAUAGGAUUUGUUGUAACCUUUCGUUUCUCUUCUGUGUUCUUUUGAGCGUGUUUCUUUUAUUAUUUAUUAUUCAUUCACUUGAACAUGAGUGUGGCACACAAUCGUGCAAGUCUCUCUGUAAAUUAUUCGGUUUGAAAUAUAAUGUAAAAUGCUUUUGUUUGCA